AUGUUUCCGGCAAGAGCGAGGGACAAUGGCUUGAAUGGCUUGACACCAUCGUCAAGAUGUACGCUCUCGGGGAUAAGUUCGACCUUCGCCGGUCGAAACAAGAAGCUGGAGACAAGGUUCACGGCACAUCUUGAUGAGCCUCCCACAGGAUUCCUGCAGCCCCUCUCGGGACACCUCCAGCCGAUUGAAGAAUUCACCGCUGCUAUCCCCUUCAUCUAUGCCACCACCCCGGAAACCGACCGCGGGCUCCGAGGCCGAGCUGUGGAGUACGGUAGCAACAAGUGGGAGACACUUUGGGCUCAACCAGCUUUCAAGCAUGGGCUGACAGAGAUUGGCGACUUCAUCAACAAUGUUGUCACUGAAGGGUGGUGA